AUAGAUGACACAUUCCUUUUUGGAUUGGUAAAGAAAAAAGAUUGUGUCCGGUAGGAAUCGUUUUGGCCAUGGAAGAAGCAACCCUCUGUAUUUAAUCUUAAUUCCUUCCCAUAAUCAGCCACAUCCUAAUAUUGUUUCUGUUCUCUUGGCAUAUGGGCAAUUGUGUGCUUAAAGGGUUCGGAGCUGAGACAGAUGAUCAAGCAGAGAUGGUCAAGGUGAUGACCUCCAGUGGCGGCAUCAUGGAGCUCUAUGCACCGAUCACCGCCAGCGCAAUAACCGACGAGUUCCCCGGCCACGCCAUCUUCCGAAGCCUCGACCUCUUGGCCCAGCCUCUCCUACACAACGAAGAACUUCACCCCCACGAGCUCUACCAUCUGCUACCUCUAAAUCCCUACAAAACACCCAUCAAAACACCAAACUUAUAUCAUCAGAACAGCGGCCUAUGCACGCCGUAUCGCAUGUCAUCAUGCGACAGUUACCAGAGAAAGAAGGCUGAUCCGGAAGCGUUUCCGAAGUGCGGUAACAAGAGCAGCGGCGUGUGGAAGGUAAACCUGGUCAUAAGCCCUGAGGAGCUAUCGGAGAUAUUGUCGCAGGGAGCUAAAACUGAGGAGUUGAUUGAUAGCGCGAGGACGGUGGCCAAGUGUGGAAGUACCGGAGGCUCGUCGGUAGCUGGUUCCGAACAGUGGAGUACUGUUUCUAGUAGGUGGAAAGAAGCGUCAUGAAUAGUAUGCUCAGAUACAAUAUAAGGCCUUUCUUCUUCUUUAAUUAUUAUUAUUAUUAUUAUUAUUUUUACUUUUGUUUAUAAAUUUCUCGUCUUAGAUUUAUGACUUAUGAGAUUACUAUGAA